GAGGUUUACAAACAUUGUAAUUUUAACUCUUAUCAUAAUAGUACAACUGUGUUGUUAACUCAGCAUACAAAUAUUGUGUACAAACUUAUAUUAUGAUGGGUUGGAUACUAGUCAGCAUGCUUCUCUGUCUGUUAUAAUGCCUGGGGUUAGUUUUGGUUAUUUACACAUGUAAACAACGUGUAUAUACUAUUAUUUGAGUAGGUUGAAAGCCCACCCUACUCGAUACAGUAAAACAAAAUCUUGCCACAUUGCAGAGCAAUGCUACACACAAGUAAUAUGUCAUUUUUUCUUGUGAAGAAGAGGAGUCGAUAGUUUCGAUUUCUUUCUCAUUGGACCAUGGCCAUGUUCACCUGUUGCCUGUGAAGUAAUACAUCAUAAACCUGAACGUGGUAACCAUAAAAAGCACUGAAGUGGAAACACUAAGUGCAAGGAAUGUGCACACGUGUUGAUCUGCUAGCUCACACGCAUAAUUGAUGGCCGGGCCCACGUUACAUGGUCUAACCUAGAGCCAAUUUCUCACUCUAACACAGACUAACUGAAUCAGAGGGUAGAGAAACACUGCACUCAAUACACAUCCUCCGAGUAACUAACUUCAUCCGUUCAUGAUGCGCUUAAUAGUCAAGGUGAGCCUGUGCUGAUUAUGUAUAGUCUCUUUUUUUGCUUGUUUUCACGCCAUCUCUCCUAAAUGCAGUCAUUUCAGGAAAAUCAGCUAUUUUUUCAGGUUCUUGUAGUUCUGAAGCGGUUGGUAUUGCUGAUAGGCCGCUUUUUAGCCUAUAGUGCCAGACAAACAGACAGACAGAGAAUAAUCGCAGAGCCAUUGACGACGCACUCAGACGCUGUGGAUGUGCCUGCAGACAACCAAACUUACCCAGCCCGUGGCAACCCUUUGCAUGUGUCCAGAUACUCGGAAUAUAACCUUUAGCAAACUCAAGCAGAGAAGAACAAAUUGCUUCAAAACUCAGCAUGUAACUACUUUUCACAGACUAUCAAGAGACUCACAAUUCUUUUCCCGAGAAGCUCUCGCAGGCAUGACAUUCCCAAAACACAAACUGACCCGUUCUCACUCAUCAUCAUAAAAAGGCACCCCCCUUCUUCCCUCCCAUCCACUUUGUCUACCUAUUAUUCCCAAUUCCUCAUUCAACCCAUU